GAGGUGCAGCUCCGAACCCUGGCCUGGCAACCGGGCGAUGGAGGAUGGGCUGCCCGGAGCCGCAGCUCGGAGCCCGAGGGUGCGGAGUUUGUGCGGGUUGCGGGAGCGGGCUGAGAGGAGGGUUUCGGGGCAGCCCCGCCGCGCUGCGCUCCCAGUAUUACCCCGCUGUGGAUCCGGAGCUCCUGCGCCGGCGGCCUGCAAGGCAGGUACCGUCUGGGGUUGGAUCCUGAGGCUCCUCUGUUCUUCACGCUGAUCCACUGAAAGAGUCCCUGAAUUAGGAAGCCCCACCAAGUGUCUCUGCUUGUUCGUCCAUAGCAGCAGCUUGAUCUGCACUUACACCGGGAGUCAACGUGUAUAAUGUGCUUUGGCUCUGACUGAAAGAAGGAGGUUUUGUUUUACUGGCAGAGGAAGAGCAAAGGCGAGAGGUUCAAAGGACUGGCAGCUCCCAGAGCGCACUCCAAACAGUUCUAGAUGUGAAUCAAUCCCAGGAUGCAACAUGUCUCCCCAGCACCAGCUCUGAUAAUGAUGGCCACACAGAGUGUGCCCCCUCCCCCUUACCAAGACAGCCAGCAGAUGACUGCCACAGCGCAACAGCCGGCUAAGGCACAGCCAGUGCACAUCACAACACCCUCGGCAGCAGCCAACACCCCAGUCCCCAGCGCUCCUAUUGACCCUCAGGCGCAGCUGGAGGCUGACAAGCGAGCUGUCUACAGGCAUCCUCUUUUCCCACUCCUGACGCUGCUGUUUGAGAAGUGUGAGCAGGCAACACAGGGCUCCGAGUGCAUCACCUCUGCCAGCUUUGACGUGGACAUUGAGAACUUUGUACACCAGCAGGAGCAGGAACACAAACCAUUCUUCAGUGAUGACCCCGAACUGGACAACCUGAUGGUGAAAGCAAUUCAGGUCUUGAGAAUUCAUCUGCUGGAGCUGGAGAAGGUGAAUGAAUUGUGCAAGGAUUUUUGUAACCGUUAUAUCACCUGCCUCAAAACAAAGAUGCACAGCGAUAACCUACUCAGGAAUGAUCUUGGGGGGCCCUACUCCCCAAACCAGCCCUCCAUAAACCUACACCCACAGAGCUGUGGCAACCUUCCCCCCUGGAGUUGCAUAUAGGCUUUGGCCUACCGUGAUAUAUAAACCAUU